AUGUCCAUCUCCCGUGCAUCCCUCCAGAAAACCCCACUCUCCUAUGCCUCAUGCUCAAUCGGCUGUGGACCGAAAGACACGCUCCCCCGUCGUCUAGAAGCAAUCAGUGCAGCAGGAUUCACCGCAAUCGAACUAUCCUUCCCUGAUAUCCUGGACCAUGGUCUCCAGAUAACAGGCCAACCAAUUAGUCCAACCGACUACCCCAAGAUCAUCCCCAUAGCAGAAGAUAUUCGAAAACUAUGCGACUCCCACGGACUAAGCAUCAUGAUGCUACAACCAUUCUCUAACCUCGAGGGCUGGGUCAAAGGAUCGAUGGAUCGGGAACAAGCCUUCGCCCGCGCUUCGGGUUGGAUGGAAGUUAUGAAUGUGGUCGGAGCAACAGAUACACCUGAGCCGGCAAUUUCCUGCGAACGAGAAACCAUCAUCGCCGAUCUACGUCUUCUAUCCGAACUCCUCGCCAAGCGAAACUACCGACUCGCCUACGAAAACUGGUGCUGGUCAACCCACGCCCCAAGCUGGAAAGCAGUCUGGGAAAUCGUGAAAGCAGUAGACCAACCCAAUUGCGGCUUAUGUCUAGACACGUUCCAAACAGCGGGAAGUGAAUGGGGCGAUCCGACGACCAAAUCCGGCUUGAUUGAAGAUGUCCCGCAGGCCGAUUUGCGCAAGCGGUUUGAUGCAAGCAUGGAUGAGCUUGCGGCCACGGUGCCAGCGGAGAAGAUUUAUCUUCUUCAGAUCUCCGACGCGUAUAAGGUCUCGCCGCCUUUGGAGGAUAAGACUAUUGAUGGGCUGAGGCCUAGGGGUCGCUGGAGUCAUGAUUAUAGACCUAUGCCGUAUGAUGGGGGGUAUUUGCCUAUUGAGGAUGUUGCCAGGGCUGUACUGAAGACUGGGUUCCGGGGAUGGUUUUCUAUGGAGAUUUUUGAUUCUGGGCCUAAAGGGGAUGGGAAGAAGUAUGAGAUGGUUCCUUUUGCGAAACAGGCUAUGGAUAGUAUGCAGCGGUUUUUGGCGAGUUGUGCUACCAAUUGA